GCACAAAAAAAGAUUUAUUUAUUAUUGCUUUAUUAAUUUGUAUGUUGUCUAAGGCCAAUAUUUGUGCGAUAUUUGUAUUAAAUUAAUAUUUUAAGUGAAAUAACCUUUUUUAUUUUCCCCCCUUUUUGUGCAAUUAACAUUGCAUAAAUAAUUAUCCUUAUUAUUAAACUUAACAAUUAGGCGGUAUUCAGCUCUUCGAGUGCCGCAAGAAUCCCGGCACAUAUCACGCAUUUUGCUAUUGUUGUGUUUUUCUCCUUUUUGGUCUUGUGUUCAGCAAUCAAAGAUAAUUUUCCCAUUACUCAUGUAAGAUGCUCCAGCUCCACGCCCCCCGCCCGCUUAUCAAUAGCUCGACCUCUGUCGCUCCAUCGUGCCCUCCCUGUCGCUCGCAUUUAAUUUGAAAGUCUGUGGCGAUGCUAUCGUAUGUCGCAUGUAGUUUUUUCCUGCGCUUCCCGUGAACUACAUGCUCCACCAGCCCCCCAAAUCAUGAGUCAACCCCCAUGGCCCCCAGCGCACAUUUUUGAUGGAGCAAGACAACAGACUCCGGAAAGUUCUUGGUGCCAGUUCAAUUUGAAUUUUCGGUAGCUACUGCUGACACAACAACAGAGCGGUGAAGAAAAAUUUCUAUAUAUUUAUAAAAACAACACAUUGAAGGCGGCUUAAUCGGGGAAAGUUGCCUGCUCUGACACCUUGACGUUUGGCACAUUGAAAGUUUGAGCUGAAUUUACCACACCACCAACCUAUUAACCUGUAUGGAAUGCGCUCCUUGUGGUUGCUACUUCUACUGGCUUUCCUUGGCUGUGGCCCAGGUGCUUCAGCUUUGCGUUGCUACAAAUGUGAAGACUGCGAUGAAAAUACGCAGCUAAGUGACAUGGAAGUCUGUGAGGGUCCACUUAUCAACGCUAAUGGACCAGGCACACCUGCCAGCUCCAGUCCGAGUCCAAGUCCGGUUCAAGCUCCUUCUGCUCCUUCACCUGCUGCAUCGAAUAAUGCAAAUAAUGCGCCUGGCUCCUCCUCCGAUGCCAGCGAGGAGGAAGAGGACUCUGAAAGCGAGGAGUCAACCACCAUAGGCAUCAUGCCGGCAGGAAAUAACCAAGCCAUCAAACCCGGAUCCGAAAUCGGUGGCAUAGCUGAAGGAGCAGCUGGGGCAGAAACUGGAGAGGCUGUGAGCGAAGAGGAGGAAGAGGACGAGGAUGAGGAGGAGGAGGAGCGACGCAAGCGGAGAUCGAGUGCACGACAGGUCGAUCUCGAUGUGCCAAUCGCCUUCUGCUACACAGUGAGGCUCCAACUUAACGAAUCGGUGAUCACCAAAAGGGGCUGCACCACCGCCAGGAUGAGCAAUCAGACGAGUGACUGCGACGGUCUCUUCGAGAACUGGACGGUGGCCGGAUGCCAGAUGUGCCAGAACGACGGAUGCAACCAGCCCAUCGCCAUUGGAUCAGCCAGUAGAAUCGUUGGACAGUUCUGGACAGCUCUUCUGGCACUCACGCUAAUGGCAUUUACGAGCCGCCGCCAUCCGAUAUAGUAGACAUCAGCAGACACAGUGUGGGCAAUCGAUAUGAUAUAUAGAAAUACAAGAUAUAUGGCCCGCAACUUA